AUGCCCACUCAGGGGCCCCAGAAGAGGCUUCUGGGUUCUCUCAACUCCACCUCCACAGCCACCCCUCACCUUGGACUGGCCACCAACCAGACAGGGCCUUGGUGCCUGCAGGUGUCUAUCCCAGAUGGCCUCUUCCUCAGCCUGGGGCUGGUGAGUCUGGUGGAGAACGUGCUGGUCGUGAUAGCCAUCACCAAAAACCGCAACUUGCACUCACCCAUGUAUUGCUUCAUCUGCUGCCUGGCCCUGUCUGACCUGAUGGUGAGUAUAAGCCUCGUGCUGGAGACUGCUAUCAUCCUGCUCCUGGAGGCAGGGGCCCUGGUGACCCGGGCUGCUUUGGUGCAGCAGCUGGACAACGUCAUGGACGUGCUCAUCUGUGGCUCCAUGGUGUCCAGCCUGUGCUUUCUCGGUGUCAUCGCCAUAGAUCGCUACAUCUCCAUCUUCUACGCCCUGCGCUACCAUAGCAUCGUGACACUGCCCCGGGCACGACGGGCCAUUGUGGGCAUCUGGGUGGCCAGCAUCCUCUUCAGCACCCUCUUUAUCACCUACUACAAUCACACAGCCGUCCUCAUCUGCCUUAUCACUUUCUUUCUCGCGAUGCUGGCACUCAUGGCCAUUCUGUACGUCCACAUGCUCACCCGAGCAUGCCAGCACGCUCAGGGGAUCGCCCGGCUCCACAAGAGGCAGCGCUCCGCCCGCCAAGGCUUCUGCCUUAAGGGUGCCGCCACCCUCACUAUCCUUCUGGGCAUUUUCUUCCUGUGCUGGGGCCCCUUCUUCCUGCAUCUCUUACUCAUCGUUCUCUGCCCUCAGCACCCCACCUGCAGCUGCAUCUUUAAGAAUUUCAACCUCUUCCUCGUUCUCAUCAUCUUCAGCUCCAUCGUCGACCCCCUCAUCUAUGCCUUUCGCAGUCAGGAGCUCCGCAUGACACUCAGGGAGGUGCUGCUGUGCUCAUGUACUCCUCUGGCCUCGAUAGAGGCCAUUGGCCUAUUAGUGGCACAACCUGUGGCUCUGAGCCAGAAAGCCAUUGAAAUGCUAAGCUCAGAUGGAGCCCUCAUCACUAUCUGUCCUAGCUCUGUCAGGAAGUUUGAGUGGGAAAAGGGGAGGCAGCCCAAGCCUCUGAAUGCUUCCAAGCAUCUUCCCUGUCCAGACAAGGAGACUGAGCCAGAUGCUCACCCAGGACUUCUUGAACCAGGCCAGCUGGAAACCAGCUACAAAAAGCCACAUCAUGGACACGUUGUGGGGGAGGAGCAUCUCUUGAGAACAAAAGACCCAUUUCUAAACUCAGCGAACUCAGAAGCUUAUCCUCAGAGAAGAGUUGUACACAGCCACUGUAUCCAGCACACGCCCGUGCAAACUGGACAAAGGCACCAGCAGUUUGCUUUUAGCUGCUCUUGUGAAAUGAAUGUUUUUGGACCAUCUAUGUGUGCCCGCUGUCCGCCUGCUUCUCAACUCAAGCCGUUUGAAGUCAGCAUGAGGGAGAUCGUGCACAUCCAGGCCGGCCAGUGCGGCAACCAGAUAGGGGCCAAGUUCUGGGAGGUCAUCAGUGAUGAGCAUGGCAUAGACCCCAGUGGCAACUACGUGGGGGACUCAGACCUGCAGCUGGAGCGCAUCAGCGUGUACUACAAUGAGGCCUCCUCUCACAAGUAUGUGCCCAGAGCCAUUCUGGUGGACCUGGAACCCGGAACCAUGGACAGUGUACGGUCUGGAGCCUUUGGGCACCUAUUCAGGCCUGACAACUUUAUCUUUGGUCAGAGUGGCGCUGGCAACAACUGGGCCAAAGGGCACUAUACUGAGGGCGCAGAGUUGGUGGACUCAGUCCUGGAUGUCGUGCGGAAGGAGUGUGAAAACUGCGACUGUCUGCAGGGCUUCCAGCUGACACACUCCCUGGGUGGGGGCACAGGCUCGGGCAUGGGCACGCUGCUCAUCAGCAAGGUGCGUGAGGAGUACCCUGACCGCAUCAUGAACACCUUCAGCGUGGUGCCCUCGCCCAAAGUGUCAGACACUGUGGUGGAGCCCUACAACGCCACCCUGUCCAUCCACCAGCUGGUGGAGAACACGGAUGAAACCUACUGUAUCGACAAUGAGGCCCUCUACGACAUCUGCUUCCGCACCCUCAAAUUGGCCACACCCACCUAUGGGGACCUCAACCACCUUGUGUCUGCUACCAUGAGUGGAGUCACUACCUCCCUUCGAUUCCCCGGUCAACUCAAUGCUGACCUCCGCAAGCUGGCUGUCAACAUGGUGCCCUUCCCCCGCCUGCACUUCUUCAUGCCUGGCUUUGCCCCACUUACAGCCCGGGGCAGCCAGCAGUACCGUGCCCUGACGGUACCUGAGCUCACCCAGCAGAUGUUCGAUGCCAAGAACAUGAUGGCCGCCUGUGACCCUCGCCACGGCCGCUACCUGACAGUGGCCACUGUCUUCCGUGGGCGCAUGUCCAUGAAGGAGGUCGACGAGCAGAUGCUGGCCAUCCAGAGUAAGAACAGUAGUUACUUCGUGGAGUGGAUUCCCAACAACGUCAAGGUAGCGGUGUGCGAUAUCCCACCCCGUGGGCUCAAGAUGUCAUCCACCUUCAUCGGCAACAGCACCGCCAUCCAGGAGCUGUUCAAGCGCAUCUCGGAGCAGUUCACCGCCAUGUUCCGGCGCAAGGCCUUCCUGCACUGGUACACGGGCGAGGGCAUGGACGAGAUGGAGUUCACCGAGGCCGAGAGCAACAUGAACGACCUCGUCUCUGAGUACCAGCAGUACCAGGACGCCACCGCCGAAGAGGAGGGCGAAAUGUAUGAAGAUGACGAUGAGGAAUCCGAAGCCCAGGGGCCCAAGUGA